AUGCCUCCUUUCAAACCAAGGGAUCGCAAGCAAAGGCACAGGCGACAGGAUGGAAAAGCUGCCAGCACUCCGGUCGAUACCAAUGUCACCGAGAUCAUACCUGUCUCCAAAGCGGAGAAAGAGGCGAAGCGGCAGCAGUUGAGGGAACAACUCAGGGAGCAACAGCCAAAGAUGUCCUCCAAGAAGAAGAAACGUCUUGAUAAAUAUAUUGAAACCAAAUUGAGAAAAGAGGAAAAUUUGGAGUUCAUGAAGAAGCUAGCGGAAACGAAGGUCGACCUAUCGGAAUUUCGAAGCAUCAAGGACAUGAGUAAAAAGGAGAGAAGACAGCAUGGCAAUGUCGAUAGUACAAUAAAAUCUUUGGAGGCGGACAUGUCAGGCGACGAAUCGGACGAAUUAGAAGCUGGGUUGAGUGAAAAGAAUGCUUCGGCACCUGAUAUAACGAAAUCUGCUCCUCAGGUUCAGGUUGGAAGCGGUCUCAAGCGACCACUCGAUUUGGGUGCGGAUGGCUUCCCAAUUCUUAAAAAGCGCAAGAGGGCACGAAAAGCUCAACCUGUUGUUCAUGAAGUACCCUGGGAAGGGUUCGAUUCGGGUGAAGAAGAGGCCGAUGAUGCGAAGGGUGAAAAUGGAUUACUGGAAGAUGUCGACCAACGUGCAGAUGGGGCAGCAAGCGAGUCAGAAGACUCAGAUGAGAACGAGAGCGACGUAUCACAUGACGAAGACAAGGAAAGGAGUGACACAAGUGAAGACGAUGACGAAGAUGGCGAAGAGGAAAAUGACAGCGCCGAUGAAAUAGAAGAAAACAACAAGCGCAUCCGCCCAAGAAAUUCGGCAUUCAAAGCCUGGGCUACUCAGGCAAUUAAUGAGGCUGUGGGGUUUAAACCUAGUUCUGAUCUCUCACCCUCAGAACAACUACUUGCUUCAUCGGAAGUCUUUGUGAAAGAGGGCAAGGUACCGAAGAAUACAGUAUACGAAGAAGAACCUUUGCCUCAGGAACUCCAAAUUACUACCGGAGACCCUAACCGCAAGGCAUUCACCGUCAAUGUGGACCGACCAGAUGAGAUCCAGGAAACUCGUUUGAAGCUUCCUGUGGUUGGUGAAGAGCAGAAAAUUAUGGAAGCCAUUUACAACAACCCAUCUAUUGUGAUAUGGGGAGCCACUGGUAGUGGUAAGACAACACAGCUACCACAAUUCUUGUUCGAAGCUGGCUACGGCCAUCCCGACGGUCCGAACCCUGGUAUGAUAGCCAUCACUCAACCUCGGCGUGUUGCUGCCGUGAGCAUGUCCAAGCGCGUGGGAGAUGAACUUGGCCAGUAUUCGGACCGUGUCUCCUAUCAGAUUCGAUUUGAUACCAAUGUCUCCAGUAAUACCGCCAUCAAAUUCAUGACGGAUGGUAUUCUGCUACGAGAAAUAGCUAAGGAUUUCUCAUUGAGCAAAUAUUCCAUCGUGAUCAUCGAUGAGGCUCAUGAGCGAAGCGUCAAUACCGAUAUUUUGAUUGGCAUGGUUAGUCGGAUUGUUGACCUCAGAGAAUCCAUGCGCAAAGAAGAUCCCUCGGUCAAACCGUUGAAACUAGUCAUCAUGUCGGCUACGCUAAGAAUAUCUGACUUUACCCAAAACCAACACCUAUUCCGCCAUGGUACUCCACCGUUAGUGCAAGCUGAGGGUCGACAAUAUCCUGUUACCAUUCACUUUGCACGUAAAACGCGCCGAGAUUAUGUGGAAGAAGCGUUCCGCAAAGUAUCAAGGGGACAUCGCAAACUUCCUCCUGGUGCUAUGCUUGUCUUCCUCACGGGACAGAAUGAAAUCAAACAUCUGUCAAAGCGAUUGAAACAAGCUUUUAAGCCUACACAGCGUGGUGAGACAGUUCAAGGAAAGCUUCAACUUUCCGCUGCCGAUGCACCUCUUGAGACAGAAGACAUGGAACUGGGCGACUCAGGAGCUGGGCCACAGGGAGAUGACGAUAGUGAUGUCGACAUUUUGGGGUUGGACGAUGAUGAAGAUGAGGAUGAUGAAGAUUUUGACAUUGGUGAAGAAAGCGUGUCGUCUUCUACCAAAGUUCAUGUCCUGCCAUUAUACUCUCAAUUACCCACCAAGGAACAGUUAAAGGUCUUUGAGCCGCCUCCGGAAGGUUCCCGGCUCAUAGUGUUGGCAACAAACGUCGCCGAGACCAGUUUGACAAUUCCUGGAAUCAAAUAUGUUUUCGACUGCGGGCGGUCGAAAGAGAAACAAUACGAUCUGAACACCGGUGUCCAGACAUUCCAGAUUGGCUGGAUCAGCAAGGCCAGUGCCAGUCAGAGAGCCGGUCGUGCUGGUCGUACAGGGCCCGGUCAUUGCUACAGAUUAUACUCCAGUGCAAUAUAUGAGGCAGACUUCGAGGAAUACACUGAACCAGAAAUCCUCCGUACUCCCAUCGAAGGUGUGGUACUACAGAUGAAGAGCAUGGGUCUCCACAACGUGAUCAACUUCCCCUUCCCGACUCCACCAAGCCGUCAAGGUUUAGCGAAAGCAGAGAAACUCUUGAGAUACCUCGGUGCAUUGAAAGCUGAUGGGCAAGUUACUGAGAUUGGAAGAAAACUAUCACUGUAUCCACUGUCGCCGCGAUACGGCAAAAUGCUACAGAUUGGUCAUCAGCAUGGUUGCAUGCCUUAUGUGAUAGCACUUGUAUCUGCACUUGCAGUCGGGGAUUUAUUCAUUCAGGAAAGCGAGCUUGACGUGACAGUUGCGAAACAAAGUAAAGAUAUGGAAAAGGUGUACACGAAUGCGGACAGGUUGGAAGACACACAGCGCGAAAGCCGUCGCAAAGACUUCAAUCGCGUACAGCGUCUACUGAGCAAACACGACGACACCUCAGACGCUCUGAAAUAUCUUUCCGCGAUUUGCGCAUAUGCAUACUCAAGUAGCUCCCCCGAACAGGAAGAAUCCUUCUGCGAGCAAAUGUUCCUUCGCGGAAAGGGUCUCAAAGAGGCUUCUCAGCUUCGGGCCCAACUCACUGAAAUUGUCCGCACAAAUAAUCCAGGACUUCUUGGACCAUACGAAGCUCGUCUUCCUGAACCAACGCCCAAACAAGUCAAGGCCUUGAAACAGAUCGUCACAGCUGGAUUCAUUGACAACAUCGCUAUUCGCGCAGAUACAUGUCCUGAACCUCCAGAGAUGCCGCGUAAGCCGCGACGAGCUAUCGACAUACCUUAUUAUACCCUCUUCCGAUCUCGUGAAGGUCGCGCCACGGAACUUUCCGAAAAAGCUGUUUACAUACAUCCUUCAUCGAUUCUCGCACAGUUCACGCCCAAAGAGAUGCCUCAAUACAUAGUCUACUCACACCUCCAACGAUCAACAACUUCUCGCGUCACGGCGACAGCUGAGGAUACUCCCAAGAUUCGAAUGUUUCCUUUAACCGCUCCGAGUGGGCCGCAAUUAUCGGCUCUUGCGAAUGGGACACCUUUGCUCGAAUACGGUAAACCGAUUGGCAAAGUCGAGUCUUUGGGCGGGAUACCUGAGCGUCGUCAGUGUGUUGUUGUACCUUCUCUUGUGGGUGAAGCUGGAACUACGGGAUGGCCUCUGCCAGCAAAGAAGGUCAUACAAGUUAAAGAUCCAAAGGAGGGUUGGAUUGUAGAGAAGUUUUUAUAA